CAGACAUAUCAUCAGUUAACUUGGUUCUUACCCACCUUCCUUCGUAAGAUACAAAUCAUCACAAAUCCAAAUAAACGCAAGUUAGCAGAGUACUGGCGAAUUGUUCAGCACUUGAGAGCUUGUGUUCUGAAAACAAAAGAUCCAAAUCCUAUUCCCAAAACAAAAAACAGCACCUUGGUGAAUGAAUAAAAUUCUCGAGUAAUAGCAUAUUCUUUCAUUGACAAGUGAUCUCUCUGUGUUCUGUCUGUCUAUUUGUCUAUCGAUCUCUAGCUAGCUCUAACAAUGGAGAUGGCUGACCGGAAACCUCAAAAUACUGAAGCCUCAGGCCAGAAGACUAUUGCGGACUUUGAUCCCCCCAAGGCCCCGAAGACAAAGAAGUUCGCUAUUGCCUGUGCCACUUUGGCUUCAAUGACUUCAAUCUUGCUGGGCUAUGAUAUUGGUGUGAUGAGUGGAGCGUCACUCUUCAUCAAAGAAAACCUGAAAAUCACCGACGUACAAGUUGAAGUCCUCAACGGUACUCUGAACCUGUACUCCCUCAUCGGUUCCGCCUUGGCAGGAAGAACAUCCGAUUGGAUUGGCCGACGAUACACCAUUGUCCUCUCUGGAGCCAUCUUCUUUGCUGGAGCCCUCCUGAUGGGAUUUGCCCCCAACUACGCCUUCCUCAUGUUCGGCCGAUUUAUUGCUGGAGUUGGAGUUGGUUACGCUCUUAUGAUAGCUCCUGUCUAUACAGCCGAAAUCUCUCCAGCCUCAUUCCGUGGCCUCCUCACAUCUUUCCCUGAGGUGUUUGUUAAUGUUGGUAUAUUACUUGGGUACGUAUCCAACUAUGCCUUGUCCAAGCUCCCGAUCCACUUGAACUGGAGGAUCAUGCUCGGCCUUGGCGCAGUUCCCUCUCUUUUCCUCGCCGUCGGCGUCCUAGCCAUGCCUGAGUCACCACGCUGGCUCGUCAUGCAGGGGCGACUCGGAGACGCCAGGAAAGUCCUGAACAAAACUUCUUGUACCCAUGAGGAGGCUCAGCUCAGACUAGACGAGAUCAAAGAGGCCGCUGGAAUCCCAAAAGAGUCCAACGAGGAUAUCGUUCAGGUUUCGAAGAAAAGCAAAGGUGAGGGCGUAUGGAAAGACUUGAUCGUUCGGCCCACCCCAGCUGUCCGCCAUAUUUUGAUCGCGGGAGUUGGUAUCCACUUCUUCCAGCAAAUCUCCGGUAUUGACUCCGUCGUGUUGUACAGCCCCAGGAUCUUCGAGAAGGCUGGAAUCACUUCCUACAAUGACAAACUACUUGCAACCGUAGCCGUUGGAGUUGUCAAGACCAUUUUCAUCCUGGUCGCCACCUUUAUGCUUGACAAGUUCGGACGUCGUCCUUUGCUUUUGACCAGUGUGGGUGGAAUGAUCUUCUCUCUCACAUUGCUCGGUGUGGGCCUUACAGUCGUCGAUCAUUCCCACGGCAAGGUCCAAUGGGCCGUCGCUCUGUGCAUUGCGAUGGUAAUGUUCAACGUUGCGUUUUUCUCCAUCGGGCUUGGACCCGUCACCUGGGUCUACAGCUCAGAGAUCUACCCGCUGCAGCUCCGCGCGCAAGGGUGCGCUAUGGGAGUGGCCAUGAAUAGGGUGAUGAGCGGAGUCAUCUCCAUGACUUUUAUUUCAUUGUAUAAGGCCAUCACGAUCGGUGGCGCCUUCUUCCUUUAUGCCGGAACUUCGUCGAUUGCUUUUAUAUUCUUUUACACAAUGCUGCCAGAAACACAAGGCCGAACCCUCGAAGAUAUGGAGCUCUUGUUUGGCAAAUACCAUAAGUGGAGACAAGCGAAUGCCAUGCUCAAGAAGAAGGAAGCUGCUGAGAAAAGCCAAAGCGCUUAGGAAUAAUAGGGCAACAAACUCUUACCAUAUUUUUCAUAUUUACGUUUGUACAACUCUCUAAUAGAGAUGAGAAACACAUGUUGAUGGCCCUUCCUCUAUUAGAGAGGUAGUACAAGUGUGGAGUGAAAAUUUUGGUAAGUGAAUGCCCUAGGUUUUUGUUCUAAGUUUUCUCUUAUGCCCGAACGUUCUUGCAACGGGGCUGCUCAUUCCGUCGCCUCCCUUUGUGUUCAAUAAAGGAGGCGUUCGUCUUUGGGACUUGGUUGCUCCUAUUUAGCUUUUCAAUGUACUUCGUUUCGGAUGUAAACGUUUCAAUCCGUACUUAAUAAAAGCUCUAUUGUUUCAACAAAAUA